AAAAAGCAGAGAGGCUGCAGAUUGCAACGCUUCGGAGGCGCGCGCUUGUGCCACAGUGCGCUCUGAGCAGCCAAAGCGCAGUGUUACAAUGAGCUUCACCACCCCGCCGGCUGAUACCCACCCACAACAUCGCCUUUUGACUACCACCACAGACGUCCACAACCCUGACCACCACUGCCUGUCCGCAGAAUGCCCGGGGGAAAGAGAGGGCUGGUGGCACCUCAGAAUACUUUUUUGGAGAACAUUGUCCGACGCUCAAGUGAAACCAGCUUUCUCCUGGGGAACGCCCAGAUCGUAGAGUGGCCUGUAGUUUACAGUAAUGACGGAUUCUGCAAGCUGUCCGGCUUCCACAGGGCUGAGGUGAUGCAGAAGAGCAGCACUUGCAGUUUCAUGUACGGAGAACUGACAGACAAAAAGACGAUAGAGAAAGUCAGACAAACCUUUGAUAAUUAUGAGUCCAACUGCUUCGAGGUCCUGCUGUACAGGAAGAACAGGUCUCCUGUGUGGUUCUACAUGCAGGUGGCACCAAUCAGGAACGAGAACGACAAGGUGGUCCUGUUUCUCUGCACCUUCAAGGACAUCACCGUCUUUAAGCAGCCCAUCGAUGACGAGACCACCAAAGGAUGGACCAAGUUUGCUCGCCUUACUCGAGCUUUAACCAACAACCGGAGCACUCUGCAGCAGCUCACUCCCAUGAGCAAGCCUGAGGUCACCCACAAACACUCCCGUCUGGCAGAGGUUUUACAGCUGGGCUCUGACAUCCUUCCCCAGUACAAGCAGGAGGCACCCAAAACACCUCCCCACAUCAUCCUCCACUACUGCACCUUCAAGACCACCUGGGACUGGGUCAUCCUCGUCCUCACCUUCUACACCGCCAUCAUGGUGCCCUACAACGUCUCCUUCAAGACCAAGCAGAACAACAUUGUCUGGCUGGUGCUGGACAGCGUGGUGGAUGUCAUCUUCUUGGUGGACAUCGUUUUGAACUUCCACACCACCUUUGUGGGUCCAGGUGGAGAAGUCAUUUCUGACCCCAAGCUCAUCCGGAUGAACUACCUGAAGACCUGGUUCGUCAUCGACCUGCUGUCCUGUCUGCCAUACGACAUCAUCAACGCCUUUGAGAAUGUGGAUGAGGGCAUCAGCAGCCUGUUCAGCUCCCUGAAGGUGGUCCGCCUGCUGCGACUGGGCCGCGUGGCCCGCAAGCUGGACCACUACCUGGAGUACGGAGCGGCCGUUCUGGUCCUGCUGGUGUGCGUGUUCGGACUGGUGGCCCACUGGCUGGCCUGCAUCUGGUACAGCAUCGGAGACUACGAGGUCAUCGACGAGGCCACCAACACCAUCAAGAUGGACAGCUGGCUCUACCAAUUGGCUCUGAGCAUCGGGUCACCCUACCGGUUCAAUGCCAGCGGUUCCGGCCAAUGGGAGGGCGGCCCUGGCAAAGACUCGCUGUACAUCACAUCGCUGUACUUCACCAUGACCAGCCUGACCACCAUUGGCUUCGGCAACAUCGCCCCCACCACAGACGGAGAGAAGAUCUUCUCUGUUGCCAUGAUGAUGGUGGGCUCCCUCCUGUACGCCACCAUCUUUGGGAACGUGACCACCAUCUUCCAGCAGAUGUACGCCAACACGAACCGCUACCACGAGAUGUUGAACAACGUGAGGGACUUCCUGAAGCUGUACCAGGUGCCCAAGGGGCUGAGUGAGAGGGUUAUGGACUACAUCGUCUCCACCUGGUCCAUGUCCAAAGGCAUCGACACAGAGAAGGUCCUGUCCAUCUGUCCCAAGGACAUGCGGGCCGACAUCUGCGUCCAUCUGAACCGGAAAGUGUUCAACGAGCACCCCGCCUUCCGUCUGGCCAGCGACGGCUGCCUGCGCUCGCUGGCCGGAGAGUUCCACACCGUCCACUGCGCCCCGGGAGACCUGAUCUUCCACUCCGGCGAGAGCGUGGACACGCUGUGCUUCGUGGUGUCGGGGUCGCUGGAGGUCAUCCAGGACGACGAAGUCAUCGCCAUCCUAGGGAAAGGGGAUGUGUUUGGCGACGUGUUCUGGAAGGAGACUAACCUGGCGCACGCCUGCGCUAACGUCCGGGCUUUAACCUACUGCGACCUGCACGUCAUAAAGAGAGAGGCGCUGCUCAAGGUGCUGGAGUUCUACACGGCCUUCGCCAACUCCUUCUCACGCAACCUCAUCCUCACCUGCAAUUUACGCAAACGGAUCAUUUUCCGUAAGAUCAGCGACGUGAAGAAGGAGGAGGAGGAGCGGCAGCGGCAGAAGAACGAGGUGCAGCUGACCAUCCCCCAGGACCACCCGGUCAGGAAGCUCUUCCAGAAGUUCAAGCAGCAGAAGGAGAUGAGGACCCAGGGGGCCUCGUCCCAGCUGGACCUGGAGAAGAACCAGUUCCAAGUGGAGCACCUGCACCCGCAGAGCCUGCAGCUGUCCCACUCCAGCCUGCAGCACUCGCUGCCCCUCAACAUCCAGCGGCCCCUCCCCUCGCUGCAGAACGGGGCCCCCCCCUCCUCCGGCUGCAGCAGCAGCGUGCUGACCGUGUCGCAGGUCACUCCCAUGCAGAGCUCCCUGGCCUACGCCAGCAGCCGCUCCGGUGCCAGCAGCGGGGAGAGCUCCAAGCAGAACAACAGUGACCUGCUGGAGCUGCAGCCCAGCCCUGCCGGAGGAGUGGAGCCUCCGGCGGCCCGGCUCAAAGCCAGCAGCAGCCCCGCCGCUGCCAGGCCCGCAGCGCCCAAGGGCUGGAUGAGACUCAAGAGCAACAUGGCCCCCCAGCCGGCCGAGGUGCAAACCGAGGGUCUGAACAACGUCACCAAGGCCGUGUCUGUGGAGAUGCUCUCUCAGGAGGGCAAAGGUCAGGAGAGAGGCGGCGGCGGGAGGGGAGACGUGGAGGAGGGCGAGGUCUCGAGCAACAACCCCCUCCGCAAGACGGACUCGUGCGACAGCGGCAUCACCAAGAGCGAGCUGCGCAUCGACCGGGCCGGGGAGGUGCGGACGCCGCUGGACUCCUCCCAGCACAGCCCUCUUCCGGGGGAGGGCGGGUCUCCCCGGGCCUUCUGCCCCAUCCCGGAGCAGGCCCUGCAGGCCGCGCUGCAGGAGACCAGGCUGGAGCUCCGAGGGGACAUCCAGGGCCUCGGAGGCCGUCUGGGCGUCCUGGAGACGCAGGUAGCAGAGAUCCUCAAACUGCUCUCCAGCAAGAGGAGGUCGCCUGGGGCCUCCACCCCCAAAACCAAAACCAAACGACAGGACAUCUUCACGGUGUCCAGACCGGUCUCUCCUGAUUCAGACGAUGGUCAGGUCUGAGGAAGACUUAUUGAAACUGCUUUUUGCACAUAGACUUUUGUGUCAUGUUUGUGACAGAACACUACUCAAUGAGACAGACCUUUUUUGAUUGUAAAUACUUCUCUAUGCAUGUCCAGCUGGAUUCUGGCCUGCCAAAGAAACUAUGACUCGAACGUACUUAUUGCCUGUAUAUUAUGCAGUUGACUGCAUGCAAACUAAUUUAAAGAGAACCAAGAUUUUAUUGAUCCACACUGUAUGUAUAUAUAUAUGAAUAUUUUUAAUUGUGGAAGAUUUAUUAUAUGGACAUUCAGGGUUUGGCAUACUGGUAGCACUAUAAACAUUGACUUGCAGAAGUUGACUGAGAUGUUGACUGAUAGAUUGAGCUUUGACAAAAACCAAGUGGAGAGGUUGAAACAGUUGUACGUUUUGCCCGGGAGAAAGUUGUCCUUCUCUGAUCUGUCCUUGUUAUGACGGCACAAAUGCCCCUACUAAUUAGAGCACACCUUUUAGAGCAUGCGGCUCAGUUUGUUUUCUCUCAAACCUUAGUUAGUUUAAGUUGAUACUAUUAAUAACAUUCUCUAUUUUUUAAUGAACGUGGCUUCCUUUACCCCCCCCCUCUAAUUUUCUCUAGCGAACGAUUAAUUAUUUUCUAAUAUUUUACCAGUCAUUUAUCCUUGUGUCUAUGCAUCCGUUAGUUACACUCAAGUGAUAGCGUACCUGUGUCGCCAUCGUGACUGUCGUGAGGUUUACCCUUCUCCUGCAUGAUCCAGAUCUGUGAUUGGCUCGGCGAAUCUGAGAGUGACUAGGACAGGAAGACAUUAGGAAUGUUCAGAAGUUUCGUGCACUCAGUCCAGUGACGGAGCGUUCCAUCACUUAACAC